AUGCAGUCCAAGUUGUGCCCCCAGAUUCAUGACAAAUAUUGCUGCAAGAGACGAAAGAAAAAAGAGAAAAUGAUGGAGUUCCCCUGCAUGUCCACGUUUUUUUUUCUAUGGGUCGUGUAUCCACAGCAUGUCAGUGUCGUAAUCGGAACGGAAGAAUCGACAAGUAUCGAAUCGUUCAUGUUACAUCGGCUGAACCAUGAGCCAGUGCAGAGUAUGACGUCGAAGCAUUACAAUGCUAUAUCGACUUGUCGACAUGAUAGUUGA